AUGGCCUCCAGUUCGGAUGCGGUCAAUGUCUAUUCCCCUAUUCGAGAGGCAGGUCGAAUCUUCUCCCUGCUUCUUGACCAAGGGGAGCGACUUGGAUUGCCUUCCGAGGUAGUGCAAAAAAAAGACGACGUGUCGUUCUACUCGGAUUAUGACGAGAUCUAUUACCCGAUCCCCUUUAAGGAGACGGAAACGCUCGCUGCGUUGAAGGGUGUUGAGGGGUCGGUAGCGGCUGCAAUCGCAGAUCUGAGAUACGGGCCCUGCUCGCACCAAAGGAAAGUCAAGGUCAAUCUAGAACGAGCCACGGCAUUUGGUUGCCAGGCUUAUUUGGCGAAAGUGGAUGGGCUUUCGAAGUUGGACCCGGAGGUUAAGAAGAAGCUGAAAGAUACUGAUCUGCUCGCCGCGCAAUCGAACGGCUACCGUCGGAUGUCCGCGAACCUUUACAAAACCAAGAAUGAGGGAGAGUUCUUCCACAUUCAUGGCUCCCUGGAGGCCUCCACGACGUUGAAUAUGAUUGGACUAGAUGGACAUCGGCCAGACCUGACGGAUUACGAGGAGAUCAUUAAGGUUAUCGAAAGUCAUGUGCAGAAGUACAGCGCGGCGGAGUUGGAGGCAAUGAACGCGGAGAGGAGACAGGCGGGUGUCACAGCUCUCAAACAUGAAGACUUUAUCAAAACUCCACAUGGCCAGCUCAAUGUGCAACAGCCUCCGUGGAAGGUAUCUCGUCUCAGUGGGGACCUGCCUCCGACGCCCUUCCUCACCAGCCGCAGCGGAGGCAAGAAGAUUCUCGAAGGGGUGAAGGUUCUUGAACUCUGCCGCAUUAUUGCCGGGCCUACAGUCACGCGGAUUUUGACCGAAUACGGUGCCGACGUAUUGAAAAUCACCAGCCCGAGUCUCUCAGAUGUGCCAUUUUUUCAGGUCGAUGGCAACAUGGGCAAGCACGCCGCUGAUCUCGACCUGAAGUCUGAGGAAGGACGUCGCCAAUUCGAAGCAUUGUUAGCCGAUGCAGACGUACUUGUUGAUGGCUAUCGCCCGGGAGCCCUUGAAAAACUAGGAUAUGGCCCGAAUGCGCUCGCAUCACUGGGCGAGAAGCGCGGAAAGGGAAUCGUAUACGUCAAUGAGAAUUGUUUUGGAUAUGAGGGUGAAUGGGCCGGUCGUCCUGGCUGGCAACAAAUCGCAGACUGCGUUACCGGCGUGGCAUGGGCACAGGGACAAUUCAUGGGCCAUUCGGCCCCAAUGGUGCCUCCAUUCCCUAUCUCCGACUAUGGCACCGGCUGCAUGGGCGCCAUCGCCGCCCUGACUGGCCUCUACCUCCGAGCGAAGCAAGGCGGCUCGUACCACGGCAAGUCCUCCCUGAUGCACUACGAUCUGCUGCUCUUUGCCGUGGGCAAAUACUCCGAGGCAAUUCAGGAGAAAAUGCGUGCGGCGCAGCCCCCGGAGUUUUUGCAGUUGCGUCACUGCGACAGCGUCGACCGCAUCUCCUCGACGGUUCUGAAGAUCAUGCAAACUCGGUUUCCUCACCUCUAUCUCUCUGCCGAGCAGGCUGGAGACGCCGCAUUAACUGAGAAGUGGCAUUCCAAGGCAUACAACGCGGAUAUCGAAGUGGUUCGGUCGGUCUGCGAGAUCGACGGGGUCAACAACCAAUUCGUGCGGGCUAGUCGGCCAAAUGGAACUGAUCGACCGAGCUGGGAGGGCUUUGAAGCGGCAGAAGAGGAUUACAGGAAGGCAUGA